UUUUUUUUUCUUUUUUCUUUCGCUUUCUUCUAUUCUUUCAGUAUGGGUCCUUACUCCAAUAGAGAUAUUUUUUUAUUUAUUCUCGCUUUUCUGUUUCCACCAGCAGCGGUUGCAGUCAAGACAGGAUGUAGUGUGGAGUUGCUCAUUAACGUCUGUCUUUGCAUUCUGGGCGCAGUACCGGGUAUUGUUCAUGGAUUUUAUAUUGUCCAUAAAUACAAUGAUAAUGUUGAAGAUUUGGAAACAGGUGGAUUAGAAUAUCAGCGCGUGCCAACAGAGCAACCAGACAGAUUGGGUUAUGGUUCUACUGCUCCACCUCCUCAUCACUAAACAAUGUCCUUUUUUUUUUACAAAAUAAUAAAUAUAAUUCAGACUCAGGAAUAAAACUUUGACUAUGACACCCAUACGGCUUUAGGAACCCAAAUGCUAAUAGACAAACACCAGAAAAGGAAAAGAAAACUCGCAUACACUAUAAAAUUUGAAAAUCAAACUAUUCAAGGUUUG